GUUCCGCGAGUCGGCAGCAGCUCAUUUGCGCGCGUCAUACCACCAAAAGAUUUGGAUGCCGCUUUUGGAUCAGUAAAUUGCGAAUUACUGUACGAUUCAGGCUGGAUUUUGACAGGGAGAUCAACGCGGCGAUCUUUGCUACUAGUACUAGUGGUGUAGCGUAGCGGUGCUGAGCGCUUCUGCGAGGAGCAGAGCAUCGUGUCCAUGGAGACCCAGCGGGAGCCGACCAACGCCGGCGAGCCGGCCGGCGGCGGUGGCGAAGUUCUUGAGCCAGAUGCACGUCCAGCACCGGCACCGGCACCAGCAACAGCCGCACCUCCGGCACCGGCAACAGCAACAGCAACAGCCUCACCUGCAGCUCCUCCGGCUUCAGCAACUGACAGAGAUGCGGUGCUGGCCAAGGUGGAGAUGGAGCGGAAGCUGUCGAUGGUGAAAGCGUGGGAGGAGAACCAGAAGAGCAAGGCCGACAACAGGGCUGAGCACAAGAUGUCGUCCAUCCUAUCAUGGGAGAACACCAAGAAGGCGGCUGUGGAAGCCAAGCUCCGAACGCGGGAGGAGAAGCUGGAGAAGAAGAAGGCGGAAUACGCGGAGAAGAUGCGGAACCGGGUCGCGAUGAUCCACAAGGAGGCGGAGGAGCAGCGGGCCGCCGUCGAAGCGAUGCGGCAGGAGGAGAUGAUCAAGUGCCAGGAGAUGGCCGCCAAGCACCGCUCCAAAGGGACCACGCCAAAGAAGAAAUUCCUCACCUGCUUCGGCUGAGCAACCACUGAAUACAAUCAUAGUGAAGGUUGUGAACUAGCCUAGCUAAAGGACGUGCUCUCUCUACUGCUCUUGCUCUGUUCUUUUGGAACAUCAAUCAUAGGCUUGGGUAUGUGUUAUACUCCAUAUUUGGGAGCUCUACUUCUUGCGUUUGUGUAGUGUGUGUAUAUAUAUAUAAUGUAAUGUAUGUGCUGUCUCGGUGUGUGGGGUGUGGUGUUGCUAUGUAAGUGCACGGACUCGGAUUUGAGAAAUGUGAAACAAAUUGUUUCUUGAG